AUGAACCUCCUCCACCCCUCACUCCUCCUCUUGUGCACCAUCCUCCUAGCCGCUUUCCCGAUCCUCGCCUCUCACUCCUCGAUCCUCGACCCCGCCUCCCGCACGCAACACCUCCUCCGCUGCCUCGGCCGCAACGAGCUUCUCCACGCCGACCGCGCCGCCGUCCAAUCCUUGCUCGAGACCAAUCCGAACCCCUCCGACGAUAAGGUCUGGUCCCAGCUCCCGCCCAAGGAAUGGGGUUUCGAAGGUCACGAUUCCGCCGGAGGCGAUACGUGGAACCCGGUCGAAGGAUCCGCGCAAACGGCAAAGGACCGAGUGGAUAGGCAGAGUAGAAAGUUGAGAAAGUGCGCAAAGAAGUUGCAGAUCGACGUCAUGCGCACUCGUGAGGCUGAACCUCAGCCAGGGAACGGCGUGGAACAGGGUCAAACUCAAGUAGGCGGAUUGCCAAGGGUGUUGCCGAAGAUGUUUGGUGGUUUGGGGUUCAAGCAACUAGGCACAGGUGCCGGUGAUUCACCACUACGUCCGCCGCAGGGUGUGGGUAGGAACGAUGCUCAGAUGAUCGAUCCUGGUCAAAGUGCCGCGCUCAAUCCUGGUCAAGACGCCGCUGUCAACCCUGGUCAAGGUGCCGCUCUCAACCCGGGGCCGAGUGAAGCUGGUCAAGGUGGCUCGCUUCCCUCGUUAGACACGGGAGUUGAUGCCAAGCCUGGAGCUCAAGAUGGUCAGACGUUGGCGCCGGGAUUGGGACCAGAUGAAAAAUCGGUAGCUCCUGCGUUGGAAAACGAUCCGCAGGGUGUCAACAUGCCAAAGAGUGCCGGUGCGGACCAGCAGGUGGGUGACAAGCCUGCUUUGCCUGUUGCGGUCGAUCCGACUAGUGCUACUGCUGGUGCGAAGAAUCCUGCCGGCCCUGGUGGUUCUGCUGUUGAUCCAAGUGCCGCGGUCGAUUCCAACGCUCCAAAGGCUCCUGUCGAUCCGAACGCGCCAGUCAAUCCAACCGCUGCCGUCGAUCCCAACACUCCAAACGCUCCCGCCGAUCCGAAAGCUCCAACUCUCGCUGCUGCCGGGGCUGCUGCCCUCCCCAACAACGCCAUGAGCAACACACCCACAACCUUCGCCACCACCCCUUCCAACUGCACCCAUCCGCUCAUCCGCAAAGAAUACUCCUCCCUCACAAGAUCCGAAAAGCUCUCCUUCAUCAACGCCAUCAAAUGCGUCCGUUCCAAACCCUCCCGCUUCCACACCACGACACCCGGCUGGAACGCGGCGGACGACUGGACGCUCCUGCACAUCCGCAUGGUCAAAUACGUCCACUUCACCGCCUACUUUACGCUGUUCCAUCGCGGGUUUACCGCGAUUGUCGAACGCGAUCUCAACCUAUGCGGUUUCCCACUGGGACUACCUUGGGUGGAUUGGACCAAGACAUCCGACGAUCCUUCGACCAACGCCGUUUUCAGCUCGGAUCCCAACAUCGGUCUUGGAACAGACGGAAAGGGUGAUAACAACGACUGUCCUUGGAAGACCGGUCUAGCUGUAACGGAUGGAGCUCUAUCAGAACAUUUUUUCAACGCUCCCUUUCGUCAUCGUCUCUGUCGACAGUUCAACAACCUCGACGUAUCCUCCCCCUCCCCGCACUUCGGUUCCAACUGCACCACCUUCAUCAACAAGGAUUUCGUCGCGAAUCUCGGUAGAACGCAUGACGAUGGGAAAUUCUUCGACUUCUCCAGUGCGCUCGAGAUCUCGACCCAUCUAUCGAUGCACACGUGUGUAGGUGGAAAUUUGGCUUGGUUGAGCAGCAGCCCGAACGAUAUGGUCUUCCAUACGCAUCAUGGAGGAGUGGAUAACAUUUUCGACGCUUGGCAGAAGAAGAGCGUGAAGAACAAGGAUAGCUUUCAUGGACCGAAGGAGCAGCAGAAGGAUGGGAAGAAACCCGCCUGGACGGCCAAGAAGGAGGAUGUGAUCAACUUCGAACCGCUGGCAGAGAAUGUCACGGUCGAAGAACUGUUGGAUCACGAGAGUGGCGGAUGGGGUGGAAGGAUGUGUUAUAGGUACGACUACAAUGUCGAGAUGUAA